GUCUGGAGCGCAGCCAUGCCCCCUGGCACCUCAGCACAGAAGGCGGAACUUAUUGCUCUCGCUGAGGCCCUGGAAAGAGCCGAAGGCAAGCGGGUCAACAUCUACACAGAUAGCAGCUAUGCCUUUGGCACUGUCCACGUCCAUGGUGCCAUCUACCGAGAAAGAGGGUUCCGUUCCGCGGAAGGAAAGGAACUGAGGAAUCUACAAGAAGUCCAAAGACUACUAGCCACUAUCGAAAAACCAAAAGCGGUAGCAGUUAUACAUGUACCGGGCCACCAAUCAAAGAAGACACCUGAGGCCAUCGGCAACAACCAUGCUGAUGCGGAAGCUAGGAGGGCGGCCCUCUCGGACUCCCUUGUACUUGCAGCCCUCGAAAUACCCAUACCUGAACUGCCCACCCUGCCACCCAAACCUGAGUAUUCCCCCCAGGAUCUUGAGUGGAUUAGGAAACAAGUCUCAGGUAAAGUGUUUGAGGAGAGAAAUUGGAGUAGGGACCAAGAAGGUAGAUUGAUCCUGCCAGAAGCAUUAGGACAGUACAUGCUUGCUAAUCUGCAUAAGUUCACCCAUCUAGGCUGGAAAAAGCUGCUCAGCCUUUUCCAGUCUGCGCAGUUUCUCUUUCCCCACCAGAAUGAGGCAGCUCGUCAGAUCACGAAAGAAUGCAGCAGCUGUGCAAUGCUAAGACCAGCCCCAAGAGGGCUGCACCUGGCAGGUUGAUGGUAUCGCUCCCUGGGUGCAUCACACCCACGUUCGGAAGGUCCUGCCUCAUAAAGAUCCAGGGGCCCGCAAGGAAGAGUGGAAGGUGCAGCAGCAUCCUGCGAAUCCCCUAAAACUACACCUAAGCCGAAGAUGAAGGGGAUCCUGCUGAUAAGCACCUUAAUAUGGACCUUCAAGGGAACCACA